AUGGACAUUUCUAAUCCAAAUCCACCUCCAACUCUAAUAAUUAUAGAUAUUUCAUCGGAUGAGGAGGAAGAAGGGGAGUUUGUACAAGUAGAACCUGAACCUGAGUCACCUGAACAAAUGGAAGAGUCAAAUGAUUCUAAUUUCGAUCCUUCAAGCUACAAGCAAUCCACCGACAAAAGGGACAAUAAGCAGAAGGCUGAGGAAUUUUCAAACCUUAGGAUGGACAAGAUGCCAGUUACGGAAUACUACACCAAGUUUAUUGAGUUAUCCCGUUUUGCUGAAGGAUCUGUCUCUACAGAGAAAGCAAAAGCUAGGAAGUUUGAGAGUGGGUUAACUACUGAUUUGCAGUUAAAGCUGUGCGGGCAGGUAUUUGAGAUCCUGGAUGAAGUAUAUGGAAGGGUUGCACACCUUUAUGCUCUGGAAGAAAAGAAGAAGAAAGAGUUAGUUGAAAUAGAAGGAAUAGAGAAGAGGAAGGAAGUGGGACAAGUUUCUGGAAACCAACAGGGAAACCAGAAUGGUUUUAAGAAACAGAAGUAUCACCAUAACAAUAACUUCCACAACAAUAACAACUUCCAUGGUAAUAACCGUCAAGGGAACCGUAACAACAAUGGAGGGGCUAGAAACAAUAACCAGGGAAACAACAAGAAUGGAAGAGUUUAUUUUUGCAAAAGGUGUAAGAAUAACCACCCUCGAAAGGAUUGUGAGGGCAAUGCGGUCACUUAUCGUUUCUGUAAUAAGCUCGUGCAUAGAGAAUAUGAGUGUUUCUCCAAGAAUAACAAUGGGAACAGGCAAAACAGUAAUAAUUCAUGGGGAAACCAGAGGAAUUUCCAACAGAACAACAACAACUUUGCUGGAAACAAGGGAGUACAACAAAAUGGGGCAAGGAACAGUAACACUACCAGUGGGAAUAACCAACAGAAGAAUUGA